CGUAUAUAUGGGCUAAAACCUUUUCCAGCCUCAAAUCGAAUCGAUUCUCUCUCUCUCAGUUUGAGUAGCAGUAGGGCACAAUAAUCACCUACUUCGCAGCCCAAAUCCGCUCUUAGAUCUCCAUCUCCGAUUCCACCUCGCCGUCGAUAUGUCUCAGGUCGAUAACAGAAAUUCAUCAGCUGCAAAGCGUGCUCGAACUGAUGGUAGUCGAAGGGAAGAUGAUUGGACGUGCCCUAGCUGUGGAAAUGUCAACUUUUCAUUUAGGACAACUUGCAAUAUGCGUAAUUGCACUCAGCCAAGGCCAGCGGAUCAUAAUUCGAAAUCUGCUGCCAAGCCUAUCCAAGCCCCACAAGGUUACUCCUCAUCUGCUCCUUAUAUGGGUUCUGGUGCACCAUCAUCGAUGUAUCUUGGCGUCCCACCCUAUGGUCCAUCUCUCUUUAAUGGUUCAUCUAUUCCGCCUUAUGAUGUUCCAUUUUCUGGGGGAUCAGCUUAUCAUUACAACUACAACAACCGAUUAUCUACAGGCAGCCCUUACAGACCUUUGCAUUUAUCUGGACCACCAUAUUCAAGUGGAUCAAUGAUGGGUAAUGGUGGGAUGUAUGGUAUUCCCCCAAUGAUGGAUCGAUAUGGACUAGGUCUACCCAUGGGGCAUGCAGCUAUGGGGCCAAGGCCUGGAUUUUUUCCCGAUGAUAAAUUACAGAAGAAGGGUGCAGAUGCCACACGUGAUAAUGACUGGACAUGCCCAAAAUGUGGAAAUAUUAAUUUCUCAUUUAGAACUGUUUGCAACAUGAGAAAAUGCAAUACCCCAAAGCCUGGAUCGCAGGCAUCAAAGUCUGACAAAAAUUCAAAACAAAAGAUGCCAGAAGGUAGCUGGAAGUGUGAGAAAUGCAAUAACAUAAACUAUCCAUUCAGAACCAAGUGUAACAGACAGAACUGUGGGGCUGAUAAACCAGCUGAGUCAACGAAGUCUCCUUCUCCCACACCAGAUGAAAAUGAUCAGUGAGUUCUAGAACAUGUUUGAGGGUUGAGAAGGUCCAGAGUCGUCCAGCAUUGCUCAAUUGGGUGUCUGAAAGUCAGUCUUGUCGUCCUCAUGUUGCAGCGGUUGUCAAGUUACUCUACCUUCUCAUGAUAUGUGUCAAGUUGUUGUAUUAACUGCAAUGGUAUUUGUGAUCUUUGUGGAUCAUACAAUGCAUCUUGUGUCAGCCAGUAUGAUCUGGUAAAAUAUUUACAGGUUGGUUCUGGUUUUUAAUAGUUAGGCCAUGUACUUUUAGAAUCUACUCAUCUAUUCUAGUGGGUAUAUUGCCGUGCAUGUUAGAAAUGUUCCUAGUAUCUUAAAGGUUGCUAAGGUGGUCUACCUUUUCUGGUUUUCAUUGAUCCUAAAUCUCUUCACCCUUCUUUAAGAAAUAGAUUAGUGGGUGUUUCUGUCAGAAGGUGAUAAACCCAAGUUUGAUUUAAUUUAAUUACUGAUUAGUCAGUUGCUCAUAGGAUAUGUAUGGGCUGAAAGUAAUUCUCUUCCCAUUGUUUUGUCUGUGUGAUCUGGUGGUGGUGGUGGAUGCCCAGGUAUGGUCUUACGGGUCGUGUCUAUAGUGUAUUGAGCUGUGUGAUUCGACUUUUGGUUCAUCCUUUUCCUUUUUAUCAAAUGUCAUGGUCUCUCUCUUUAGUACUGUCGUACUAGUGAGAGUUUGACAGGUUGGCUCUCUUCUCGUACAUCCAUAAAACCCAAUCUCUUUGCUAGUUAAAUAAUAGCCCAACAACGCGAAUUACCGAAGUGUAAGUUGAUAUUAACAUUAAACUCAUCGCGCUUAGUUUCAACAUAUAGCCUCAUUAUGGUACCGUCUUCUAACUUCACUUAGUCAACCACAGUAACACAAUAUGACCAUCUUAACUUAACUUUUUUCAUCCUCGGAAAUGGUGUUGGUGAAUGCAAUUUUCUUUUCUUUUCUUUUUGGGCCCGUAUCAAGUCUAUUAAGCAGUUGGUUUGAGUUAUAAGCUGUUGGCAGACGAUUAAUGAAAAUAUUUACAGGGCUGUUCUACUUCGUGCGCUCCAUUUAGAUUUUUUUUUUCAAAAAAAAAUAGUGAUCUGUUACAAUUUUUUUCUUCAUUAUUUGUGCAUGUGCUGUCAAUUUAAUGUCAACAUCCUUGCACGUAUUACUAUUAGGUAUGUGAAGAUUCCAUUGGCUUUGGUUGCUUGUAGAACUUGCGACUUGAAAUAAAUAUAAGAGAAUAUG